UCAUCGAAUAAUGCGGACCAGGAAAAAUAGUAUUUUAUUUAUUUAUUUUUUUUAAAUUGCCUCUUAAGAAACAAAUUGUCCACGACUCUAAAUAAUAUUUAAAAACCGCAUCAUUAUGUGUAGUUAUAUAAUAGUCUCUCUGCAUUGGAUUCUCAAUUCUCAAUCAUAUAUCCAUUAUUAGACAAACGAAAUUGAUUUUAUCAUUCGCCAUGGCAAUGAAGAAAAAAUCUCACAUAGCCAUUUUCCCAAGUCCUGGGUUUAGCCACUUGAUCCCUUUCGUCGAGUUCGCUAAACGUCUUGUUCUACAACACAACAACUUCCACGUCACUUUCAUAAUACCCACCGAUGGCCCUCCAUCCAAAGCCACCAAAGCCAUCGUUGAGUCCCUUCCAACCUCCAUCGACUCCAUGUUUCUCCCUCCAGUCAACUUUGACGGUAUCGCACCUGGGCUCCAGCUUUUCCUCACCGCUACUCGCUGUCUUCCGUCCCUUCGACAUGUUUUGGAGUCUUUGGUCUCCAAAACCCACUUGUCUGCUUUCCUCACCGAUAUGUUCGGAACUGAUACAUUAGAUGUUGCUAAGGAAUUCAAUAUCUCUCGCUUCAUUUUCUUUCCUACACCGGCUACGGCUUUGUCCUUACUUAUGAUUACGCCAAAGCUGGACGAGACAGUUUGCUGCGAGUUUAGAGAUUUGCCGGAACCGGUGGAGAUUCCCGGAUUCAUACCCAUCCAUGGUAAAGAUCUUCCCCAGCCAUAUCAAGAUAGGAAAAGCGAAAUGUAUAAACGCCUUAUAAACCUUACCAAACAGCUCAAUCAAGUGGAGGGUAUUGUGGUAAAUACAUUCACGGACAUGGAGUAUGGAGCUAUAAAAGCUCUGCAAGCGCAACAAGGAGAACCAAAUAGCGUUAUUAGUCCCCCGGUUUAUCCAAUUGGACCGAUUAUUCAAACCGGUUUAAGCGGUACUGAAGCUAAUGGAUCAGAAUGUUUAACAUGGUUAGACAAUCAGCCACGUGGCUCGGUCCUAUAUGUCUCGUUUGGAAGCCGUGGGACCCUCUCUGCCGAACAGCUGAAGGUGUUGGCCUUGGGUUUGGAAACGAGUGGACAAAAGUUCUUAUGGGUUGUCAGAAGACCAAACGAGCUUCCCAGUGCUGCUCAUCUUAAUGGUCAAGGCGAUUUCGACCCUUCUGAGGUUUUACCAAAUGGGUUUUUGGAGAGGACUAAGGGACAGGGACUAGUGGUUGCAUCUUGGGCACCACAAAUUGAAAUCCUGAGGCAUGGCUCAACCGGUGGGUUCCUAACCCACUGUGGUUGGAACUCCACACUUGAAGGUGUUUUGUUUGGUAAACCGCUAAUUACUUGGCCACUCUUUGCCGAGCAACACAUGAACGCAAUAAUGCUGGUGGAGGUUCUGAAAGUGGCGUUGAGACCAAAAGCUAAUGAAAAUGGGUUGGUGGAACGCGAGGAAAUUGCCAAAGUUGUUAGGGAUCUAAUUGAAGGGGAAGAGGGGAAGAGGCUUGGACAACGGAUGAAUGACCUGAAAGAUGCAGCUAACAGGGCACUGAGCAAAGAUGGGUCUUCCACAAGGGUACUUUCUGAAUUAGCAUCCAAGUGGCAAAAUGUGGAAGUUCCCGAGUAGAACUAUAUAUCACAAUCAUUUUUAAUUCUGCUUGUUUUUCUCCUUUUUUUUUUUUUUUUUGGGGAUAAUGUUUGUUUUUCUUUCUCGUUUCGACUAUGUUGCCUAAAGACAAUAUGUAUUGUCGUCUCAUAGAUUUAAUUUUUUUUUAUAUGGAUUUCAAGAAUCAAUUGCCAGACGAA